AUGGGCAUUGCGAUAGUAAGCUUGUCGACGCCUACACUGAUUGUUGGUCUGUUGUUCUCAUUGGUUCUGUACAUUGUUUACCAGCGCUACUGGCAUCCGCUAGCUCGCUAUCCGGGCCCCUUUCUGGCCAGCUUAACAAACCUUUGGGAAGCUUGGUAUUGGAUCCCUGGACAGACACCGUAUCGACUCGCCAAGCUCCACGCCGAAUAUGGGCCUUUCGUACGGUAUGGCCCGAACAAGAUCAGCACCGUAUCAACCGAGGCGAUACAAGCCAUCUACAUAAAGGGAGCAAAGAACCUGGUGAAGACGAACUGGUACACACCCUUUGGUCAUCCGCAGUUUCCGAACGUCUUCAACGAGCGCGACCCAGAGGCGCACGCGGUCAGACGUCGUUUGCUGUUAAAGACAUUCUCGCCGCAGAUCGUCGAGACGUACGAGCCCAUCAUCAAGGUCCACGUCAACCGACUCCGAGAACAUAUCGGAACUCAUUGCGACAGGCCCCAAACUCUCAAUCUAUCAAAAGCAAUCUAUGCAUGUGUCUGCGAUAUCAUCGGAGACCUCUUCCUCAGUCACGACUAUAAUGUCCAGCACAGCGGUGAACUUCAUCGAUUCGCAGAUGACCACAGCAUGUCAAUGUUGGCAUCAGUUAGCGGUGCCUGGCCACUUGUCCAGCCUUUCCUAAAUCUUAUCGUUCUGUUGCUGCCGCAUCCUAGGACUUGGAAGCUGGAACGAUGGCGCAACACGUUGUCUUACAUCAACGAAGUCAGAGACAGGAUAUAUCAGCGAUUGAAGCAAUCGUCAGACGGACAGCCUAAGCGUCGCAAGGAUGCCCUAUUACGGCUCCUUGAGACUGUCUACUAUCCCACGGAGAAGUCAGAGGAGACAAUGUCAAUGGACCAGCUCGUUGCAGAGGUUUUCGCUUUUUUGGUCGCCGGUAUACACCCUCCGAGUGCGUCUUUGAAUGUCCUGUUUUGGCAUCUGUUACACAACCCAAAAGUCAUGAAGGGCGUUGCUCAAGAAAUUGAUGAGCAUCUACUCACUGUCUCUUCUUUCGAGGAGGGUUUCACAUCUGCGCAGGUCGAUGCGUGCCUGCCUUUCUUGAAAGCCUGUAUGAAAGAGAGCUUUCGUCUGACACCUGUGUUCUCACAGCCUUUGCCGAGAUACGUUGUGGAUCGCGAAGGUCUCCGGGUGGGCAACGAGGUUCUGCCACAAGGGGCUUCACUGAAGACAUCUGUCGCGGUUUGCAACCAUGCCUUUCAUCACGCAAGCGGUGUUUGGGGUAUUGAUUCUGUGGAGUUUAAGCCUUCGCGUUGGCAAGACCGACAUACAGACGCCUUGGAUACCAACAAGUAUUUGAUGCACUUUUCGGCGGGCAGUAGGCAGUGUAUUGGCAAGGCGCUUGCGCUGACUAUUAUGAACAUGGUUGCCAGUGCGAUCCUUGCGGAGUUCGACUUCGAGCUCGCAGAUCCUACAGAGCAGGGAAGGGCAGAAAAUGGGUCCUUCGUAGGGAAAUUGCCAGCCCAGUACAGUGUUGGUAUCAGUGACCUUACGCAAAGCGUCCUCGUCAACGUGACGAAGAGAACGCAGCACAGCGACUCCGGACGGAAUUGA